CAUUUAUCACGGCCGUGACAAUAGGCGUUACAUACAUGCCCUACCUGCCGUACACACCCCGUCACGUCGAUACAUAAACACAGCCUGUAUCCAGGCUCCGCACACACCUAUUACAACCCUAUUUACCUCAUGAACCAAUUAAUUUGACCGGUCCGUUAAGAUUUCGAUAUGGUGAAGGGGUCAAGUUUCCACUAGCGUUAGAGAUACACUGUAGCUGUCGGUACACGGACGUGGAAAAUGUCGACGUUGGUCAAACAUGGCUAAAGUUAUCUAAAAUUGUAAUUAAUAAUAAAUAAGAGAAGAUUAAUUCGUAUACAUUGAAAAGAUGGCCGGUGCAUUUUCUGUAUUCGGAUUGAAAAUGUCAGCUGUAAAAUUGGACCGGAGGUGUUAUUGCAAUGCUGCGUUGUUGGUCGUGUUGACUUUGGUGAAGGAGCCUACCACAGUUCAGGGCCAGAACACGACAUUGGUUGCUACCAGCACUGCAGCCUACUUCAUGUCAGAGGGUUACCCGACCAUGUACUCAAAUAACGUGACUUACACGUGGUUACUGGAGUCGAAUGAGGUCAACGAGGUAGUGAAAGUCGAGGUGGUUGAUUGUCAACUGGAAUACAUCAACGCCAAAGUACCCGUAUGUCAACUGGAUACCCUCACCAUAUACGACGGUGCCUACGAGAACGCCACUCAGCUUUACUCUUCGUGCUGCAUAACUUCGGUGCCUGCUAUGAACAGCUCGGGGACGUCUCUACUGAUCAAGUUCUACACCGACUCUACAGUGGUGGCCCGGGGUUUUCGCAUCAAAUUCUACAACAGCGCAGCCAUGGACGAAACAUCUUUGGCUGCAGCUAGUGGCCUUUUCAUCGCUAUUGGAAUCGUUGUCGUCCUGGUUGUCGGUGGCGCUUUUCUCAGUGCAUAUUUCAUCUACCGUUUCAAAUGUCAAGACGGAAACAAGCUCCGGAUCAACCCACUUGGAGAGGAGGGGCAACCUGGGUGUCAGGAGGCUGAUAAUGGAGUAAACAAUCCCGCUCUAUCAGAAUACGAGAAACGCCCUCUCGACGGACCAGGGUGUUCGGCCCCAACCCCAAAGGCUUGGACUGAGACGGGAGGUAUGGAGGACCCGAGCAUGGAAAAUAUGGAGAGGAAUGUCUUUGUCAAAGAGAAGUUUCCGGCAGCCCCACAACAGCCGAACACUUUACCUCCUCAUACAAACUCAACGUUGCCGUCGACCAAUGAGUUGUCAGCAGGAAGCCCUGAAAGAAGUCUGAGUCCAGUCGGGUAAACAGGAGUUUUCUCGAAAACUUAGUGUAACUGUGUUACUUGAUUCACGACAUCCUAGACCGUGAAGACUUUACUCCCUUAAGUGUGUAAAUAAGUAUGAUUAUCAAACCACGACCUUGCAUGACCAUCAUGGGCGUCAGUUUAUGGGAAGUCCUCUAGCGAUGUGAUUACUGUAGAAUAACCUAACACUAACAUAUGAAAAGUAAGCCUUGCCUAUCAGACAGGGAAACGGGUUUUCUUCGGUUUGACGGUUGCAGAAUAGUCAUUCUACUGUUAAACAGCAAAAUCAUUACAACAAAAUGUAUGAUACGUUUAUUUUAAUUUGGUUAAUAUCUACUAAAUCAAUAAGAAGAUUUCCAUAAAACCCUUGAAAUGUACAUGGAGAAGAAGGCCAGGUAUUCCAAAAUGGUCAUCGACAGAACCCGCCAUGUAAGUUCAGAUCAAAUCCAAGUAAAAUCCCGUCCACAUAGCGAGAACAGGGAAGUGCCAAAAAAUUAGGAUGUUAAAAACAUCGACGUUCCCAUCACGGAAAGAAAAAAUCGUAUUUCCAAAUGUGAUCGUGAUGACGACAAUAAAACUUUGCAUUUUCUUCAACCGAUGUCAUUACAGAAAAUGGACUAUCAAAAUCAACUUAGGGAAUACAGUUUUUUUAAUCCUCUUUCAGUUGCAUGAGAUCAUGAAAAUCAUUCAUGUGACCGACUUUUAAGCGCAAUAUUUACCUCCAGAUUAACGCAUAUCAGAUUCAAUCAAAAGCAAAACAAUUUAAAGCAUAAUUUAGCUUUGUCAAAGUUUCAACCGGAAUAACUGCAUUCACAAGUUGAAGAUAUUGGCCUUGAUUAUUAAGGCCAAGAGAAAUAUUUUUGAUAGGUAAUUUAUCAAAGUAUGUUUUUGUAUUUAACUCAUACCAAACUGGGCGCUGAUAUAAAUAUAUGGUUGAAAAUAUUUUCAGAGCACAAUUUGCGAAAAGAACAACAAUGGCCAAAAUAAAAUAUACUGAGAAUAAAAUUGUGAGAUCGAUUUAGUCUCAGCUUGACAAUAUCAUUGUUGGGUUCCGAGGCACGAUGUUCUAGAAGACUUUAGGCAUUUGUAUGGGAACAAAAUGUGCCCUCUUCUAGUUCAUUAUUUUCAAAAAGGCUGAAUUCAUAGAUGAUCUUAUCAGGAAUGGUAACCUAGUCAAACCCUUCGAUUUCAUAUUCUGAUACAUCGACGUUACAGUAACAUCCUUGAUUCUACGUACGGGUUUUACAUGUCACAGUUGAUUAUGUAUUCAAUAGCUUGAUCUGAGUAUCCUCAUUUUUAUAAUGUUCGAUUGUUGUCACUGCCCGGGUUCUCGAUGUGAGGACGUGACAUUUUUUGGAAUUGACCUAGAUUACCUGGCGGGUGUCGUCGAUGAGGCUGAAAACGCUUACCCUUCUGGAACACCUGUUCCCCGGGUAGUGCUUCCAAUGGUCUUUAUGUUAAUCUUUCUUUAUUGUUUCAUUGAUUUUGAGUUCGAAUCAUAGUUUUGGUGACAAUUCAAUAUUUUGUUGUUGUUUUUCAUACAGGACAAAUGUUGCCUUCGCAAAGUGCAAAUUGACCAACCUUUAAAGUUGGCCAGCAUGGCUAAGUAUCAUUCAAGUCCAAUUUGAACCAUAUACCAAUUUAUACAACUUGCGGUUUGGUUAAAAUCGCGUUGAGUGACCUUCCAAGUGUGCAAUGUAUAGUAGAAAUUCUCAUUUUGUUCAGAGACAAAAUCAAGAUUGCCAAGGUCUUGUAUCGUGCAAUUUAAACCGAACAUUUAAAUAUGAAUAUAUGCAAGCCCAUGAUUUUCAACGACAAUAUUUGUAUUUAUAAUAUUUUGGUACAAAUAACUUCCAUUGCAUGACAAAUCACAAUAGGGGAAUUAAGGUCAAACAAUUCCCAUUAAUAUUUAUUAACACAAACGUAAUUUUUCUUCCCUCCAAAGGAAGAAUGGUGUGAUAUGGAAUUUUCAGUAUAAUGAAAAAGAAAAAAAAUACGACUGUCUAAUUUCUAUUUCGUUGUGCAAAAACGGUUACUUUACGACAGCGUGUUUUUUCUAUUUCAUUUAGAAAUUGGAUAAAACCUAUGAACAAAAAAUAGUUCGUUGUUCAAAUCUUGGAAUCACUCCAAAAUGGCAUGAGAUGGGUUUUUUAGCAUUGAGUUAGACAUAUAAAUUGCCAAGGUAUCCAACAAAUGAAUUUUCCAGGAAGUUGUGAAUGCAUAGAAAAGAAAAUGAAAUGGUUUUAGACUUAUUCAUUUUAAGAAUGCAAACUGCAGAAAUGGGCAAAUCCUUCAAUUUGUACUUUUACAUAUCUCCAAUUUAGCGCCUGCUGGACAAUUUGAACAUUGUAUUGAUUUAGUGUUAACUUAUACCUAAUAUAAUCAGUGUUACACGAGAGGAAUAAUAUACUUUAGUUUGCAUUUUAUAUAGUUUUAACAUACCAUAAUAUAUGUUACACAUGAGAUAUACAUACAUUAUACUUUAGUUUGUAUCGCUACAGUUUCCACUCGCCAUACUCUUCAUCACACAUAGAUACAUUAUAGUUUAGUUAGUAUUGUUUUAGUUCCACCCUACAGCGUAUAAUACUAAAUGCUUCACAUAACGUAAAUAAUACCUAAGUUUGUAUUGCUAUCUUCUUAACUUCAAAUACAAAAUUUUCCAUAGAGAUUCAUUUAGAAAUCACAAUUCAAUGAUGGUUAGUCAUUAUGGAAAAAAAGAAAGAAAAAAAGAUAAAAAAACACAUUUUUCCCAAGGCUGAUUUUGGUUGACUUUUCUUCCGUACAUAAUCAAGAUAUCUAUAAAAGUUAUAAAAGAAAAUAAAGAUAUGUGAUGUUUGGGCAAAUCUUUGAGUAAGAUGACUGGACUAAAGACUUUUGUGUUCAGCUUUCACAUUAUUAGUUUUUAGCCAAUAAUGUGAAAAACUGAACACAAUGUGAAUACACUUUUUCCAUGAUAUUUUGUUAGAGGAUAGGUAAAACAGAAAUCUGUCCCCCGUUUCUUCUGGGACAAAUGACCCUCGGGGUAAUUGUAUCGUAGAACGGUGUUUGUUCGUGUUCAGUGUGUUGUUGGUAUUAUAUUGUGUACAUGUAUGCCUGAAUAAACACAAAUAUAA